CCACAGCCACCGGGACACCCGCGCGGGGGCUACAGUGUCUUUUCCCAGCGGGCCCCGGGCAGCGGCGCCCCCGGCUCUUACCCGCGGCUCCCCAGGGGCUUCCUGGGGGCGAUCCCGGGGGGCCCGGGCUCUCCCAGAGGUGGAGACCCCCGCGCGGCGCUUGAAUCUCCCGCGUGACGCGGGGUCCGGGCGCAGCCAAUGAGCAGGCGCGCCGGCGGGCUUCCGAUUGGCGCGUGCGCGCCAGCCCGUGGGGAUUUAAAGGCGGUGGAGCAGGGGUCCCGCCGCUAGUGUCUCCCGCUUUCCAGCCGCCGCCGCCUCUGCAGCCAUGCUCUCCGUGCGCGUCCCGCUCGCCACCCUGGCGGACCAGCAGCAGCUCCAGCUCUCGCCCCUGAAGGGGCUCAGCCUGGCGGACAAGGAGAACACGCCCCCGGCCCUCAGCAGUUCCCGCGUCCUGGCCAGCAAGACCGCCCGGAAGAUCUUCCAGGAGCCCGCCGAGCCGGAGAAAACUAAGGUUCCUGCCCCCAGCGUGGAGGAUGAGCCACUCCUGAGAGAAAAUCCCCGCCGCUUUGUCAUCUUUCCUAUCGAAUACCAUGAUAUUUGGCAGAUGUAUAAGAAAGCUGAGGCUUCCUUUUGGACAGCUGAGGAGGUGGAUCUUUCCAAGGACAUUCAGCACUGGGAAGCCCUGAAGCCUGAGGAGAGAUAUUUUAUAUCACAUGUUCUAGCUUUCUUUGCAGCAAGUGAUGGCAUAGUAAAUGAAAACUUGGUGGAGCGAUUUAGCCAAGAAGUUCAGAUUACAGAAGCCCGCUGUUUCUAUGGCUUCCAAAUUGCCAUGGAAAACAUACAUUCCGAAAUGUAUAGUCUCCUUAUCGACACUUACAUUAAAGAUUCCAAAGAAAGGGAAUUUCUCUUCAAUGCAAUUGAAACGAUGCCUUGCGUAAAGAAGAAGGCAGACUGGGCCUUGCGUUGGAUUGGGGACAAAGAAGCUACCUAUGGAGAACGUGUCGUAGCUUUUGCAGCAGUAGAAGGAAUCUUCUUUUCUGGCUCUUUUGCAUCCAUCUUCUGGCUUAAGAAACGAGGAUUGAUGCCUGGCCUCACAUUUUCCAAUGAACUUAUUAGCAGAGAUGAGGGUUUACACUGUGACUUUGCCUGCCUCAUGUUCAAACACCUGGUUCACAAACCUUCGGAACAGAGAGUAAAAGAAAUAAUUAUCAAUGCUGUUAGGAUAGAACAGGAGUUCCUUACGGAGGCCUUGCCUGUCAAGCUGAUUGGAAUGAAUUGCACUUUAAUGAAGCAGUACAUUGAAUUCGUGGCAGACAGACUUAUGCUGGAACUGGGUUUCAGCAAGGUUUUCCGAGUGGAGAAUCCCUUUGACUUUAUGGAGAAUAUUUCGCUGGAAGGGAAGACAAACUUCUUUGAGAAGAGAGUAGGCGAGUAUCAGAGGAUGGGAGUGAUGUCGACUUCAACAGAAAACUCCUUUACUUUGGAUGCUGACUUCUAAAUGAACUGGAGAUGUGUUCCUUAUUUUGCUGAUGUUUUUCCCUUCUCAGCAAAAAAAA